AACAUCUCACAUCGUAUUGUGUUAAAAAGAUAUUACAAUUUUUAACCAUUUUCGUUGAAGCUUAUAAUUUAUAACAUAUGUUAUACAUUUACUAUACAAUUUUACUCAUUUGUAUACACAAUCUCAUACAAUUAUAACACGACGUUGUAAGAUUAUAAAAUGAUUUCGAAAUUUAUAAACAACGUGUGCUAAUUCGGUUUCGGAGACAGAAUAUAUCAUUUUACUGCAAGCACAAUUCGAAAAUAGGGAUUAGAAAAUAAAAUACGACUGAAUGUGCUUACUCAGAUCACGCAGGUUGAAAUGAAAGAAGUUGCGAACUAAAAAUUCAAACUAAAAUUUCAACUCAGUCAACAUCAAAUUGGAAGCUUGCAAAAGCGCAAAGACACAUCGGCGAUCUCCGAAUUCUUUAAUUUUGCGGAGAUCGCGGCACUUCUUUCGGAUGUCGUAAGAAGCUCCAGUGAUUAGAGACCCACUAGGAAGAUAAGAUUCGAGUGUAGCUGUUCCUGCAUCGAGGGGGGGAUUCGAUAUAAACUUGGCGGGAGGACUAGAGUCACGUCAACAACACCGAUAGCAAACUCCUCCGAUAAGGAAUUAGAGAUUUUUAUCUGGCUUUUUUUUUCCGAGAAUAUCUUACCCGGUUCUUCGAACUCUUAUCCCGAGAAACAUGAACUCCUUCAGCUCGAUUAUCAGAACGAUCCCGCGGCAGUUGAUGAAGACCCGGGAAUUACACAAGUCAGCUCCUUUAAGUCAACACCCUCAACCUCUGACCCGAUUUACAGACGAGGAACUUAUGAUGAAGGAGUCUGUGGCAAAAUUGGCAAAGGAUGAAAUUGGACCUCUUGUCCGGAAGAUGGAAAAGGAAGGAAAAAUCGAUACCGGUGUUCUAAAGGAGCUUUUUCAAAAUGGCUUAAUGGGUAUUGAAGUUCCAACAGAGUACGGAGGUACUGGAAGCAAUUUCAUGACUACAAUACUUACCGUAGAAGAAGUUGCCAAGGUAGAUGGUUCAGUUGCUGCUGUCGUCGACAUACACAAUACAUUAGUGAAUUCCCUAAUCAUCAAGGUUGGCAGCAAGGAACAAAAGGAGAAAUUCUUACCUAAACUAGCACAAGAAUACGCUGGUAGUUUUUGUUUGACAGAGGCUGGUUCUGGCUCGGACGCAUUUUCGUUGAAGACAGAAGCAAAGAAGGACGGGUCCGACUAUGUAAUCAACGGUACGAAAAUGUGGAUUUCGAAUUCUGAUAUAGCAGGCGUAUUUCUGGUUUUCGCCAAUGCAAAUCCCUCCGCCGGCUAUCGAGGGAUUACUACAUUCUUCGUGGAGAGAGACACGCCUGGGUUAUCAGUAGCAAAGCCUGAAGAUAAAUUAGGGAUCAAGGCGUCCGGAACUUGUAUGGUUCAUUUUGACAAUGUCAGAGUCCCAGAAAGCAACAUCUUAGGAGAAUUAGGACACGGAUACAAAUACGCUGCAGGUUUUUUAAACGAAGGUCGAGUCGGUAUCGGUGCUCAAAUGAUUGGCAUCGCGCAGGGCUGCGUGGAUGCCACUUUGCCAUAUACAUUAGAAAGAAAACAAUUCGGAAAAGAGAUCUUUUCAUUCCAGUCCAUGCAGCAUCAAAUUGCUCAAAUUGUGACCGAACUGGAGUGUGCAAGAUUGCUGGUUUACAAUGCAGCAAGAUUGGUGGAUGCUAAAGCUGACGUAAUGAAGGAAGCUGCAAUGGCAAAACUUGUGGCAUCUGAAACUGCUUUAAAAGUGACUGCCAAGUGUAUAGACUUUAUGGGUGGUGUAGGAUACACUACACAAUUUCCCCAGGAGAAGUACUUCAGGGAUUGUAAAAUUGGCACGAUUUAUGAGGGCACCAGCAACAUGCAACUUUCAACUAUCGCUAAGUGCAUUCGCAAACAUUAUACGCAAUAA